CUUAACUAACACAGCUGACCACAAACAUGUGGGUGCGACCGCGCUACGCCCGUGCCGCAUUAGCCGCUAAGGCGGCAGCGGCCAGGGGCCCGUCACACACAGCUGCAGCAGCGGCAGCCAUGGGUCACGCAGCUGACACCAACACUAACACCGCCACCACUACCACCGCCACCGCGGCCGCGCCCACGCUCCGACAGGUGCGGCGGCAGGGCUACGCCCGCGCCCGGCCGCUGCUGCGGGCGGCGUUGCUGCUGCUCGCCGGCCUGGCUGCCACCGCACUGCCCGUGCUGGCGCUGGGAGCCGCCAGUGCCGCCGCCGCCGCCUUGGGCGCCACCAGUGCCGCCGCCGCCGCCCCAGGAGUGGUAGCAGCAGCGACAGGCACGCCGGGCGGCGCUGCUGGUGGCGCCCUUAAAGCCAGGAGAAACGGCAAUAACAGCAGUAACAGCAGCAGCACUGGCGGCAACGCAACGGCGGCGCAGGCAGUAGCAUCACCAGCAGCAGCACCACCUCCGCCGGCGGCGGUGGCGUCUUACGUAAGGCUGCCGCCCACAGCGCCGGAGCUGACUCAGCCGCCGGACCCGGCAGUGUGGCACGUGUACGGCGGCUGCGUGCCGCGCGUGCAAAACCCUGGCUCCCCCGACUCAGCCCCCGGCGCCCCCGGCUUUGCGGUCUACUGUGUCGCGCCGGCUGCUGGGGCCGCGGCUGCGGGGGCAGGCGCGGGAGGGGCAGCGGCGGGGGGCGGGAGGAACGUGUCGUUCUGGCACGAUGUGCCCCUGGGUCUGAAGCGGCAGAAGGCGAGCAGUAGCAGCAGCAACAGCAGUAGCAGUAGCAGUGGCAAGAGUCAAGAGCAGGAGGGGGAGGAGGUGACGUUCUGGGUCACAAACGAGAUCCCGCGGGGCACAAACGCCAAGAUUGAGACCCAGACGUCACUGCCAUACAACCCCAUGAUGCAGUCGACCCUGAAGGAACAGCGCCAGCUGGGCGGGCCCAGCCCGCCGCCCGACCAGCUGCGCUACUACCGAGUGGGCCCCUCGCUGGUCAACUACGGCGGCAUCCCCCAGACGUGGGAGGCCAGCGACGUGCCGGACCCGGUCACCGGACUGCCCUCCGACAACGACCCGUUGGACUACCUAGAGGUGGGCGGCGCGGUGCUGCCUGUGGGCGGGGUGGUGCGUGUGCGGCUGCUGGGGGCGCUGACCAUGGUGGAUGACAACCAGACCGACUGGAAGAUGCUGGUGGUCAAUGUCAAGGACCCGGCCGGGUGGCGGGACGUGGCGGACCUGCCGCCCGCCCGGCGCCAACAGCUGUACGAGUUCUUCCGUACCUACAAGAUUGCCGAGGGCAAGCCGCCCGUCACCUACUUCCUCCCAGCCACCAACACCACCACCGCCGCCGCCGCCGACUGGGCGGGCGCCUUCGUGGGCCGAGCCGCCGCCGCCGCCGUGCUGACGCGUAAGCACGCCGAGUGGCGGCGGCUGCUGGCGGGCGGCUGUAGCAGCGAUGCCUGCGCGCCGCUGACGGCGGCUGUAGCAGCCGAGUACGGCCCCACCUGGCGGGAGCAGGGGCUGGGGCAGCGGCUGGCUGCUGCCGGGGCUGGUGGUGGCAAGGGGGGAAAGGCUGCCACUCGGGCCCGAGGCGACGCUGCUGGUGGUAGUGGUGGUGUGAGUGGGGUUGUGCCUGGGUCUGUCCGCAAGAGCUGAUGAGUGCAGUGCUGGGCGGUGGCGCGGCGGCACACAUACAGUGUUUCGUGCUGGGCUCGUCGUAUGCGGUAUGCCUGGCUCAGUCGGUUGCCUUGG